AAAUCCGUUAUUUGCCAGUACUAGACAGAAAACGAAUUCGUUAGCUCCUGUAGCUAGCUAGUUUAUAAACUUAGCUAGCUAGCAUACAAUCUGUAUUAUUGUCAUUACCUAACGUUAUUUAGCCAUGUUAUUUAGCCACCUGAUCCGGGCACGUCAAAGAAGUUCAAAUUUCUCCGUUUUAUGAAGAAAAAAAAACAGCAGUUGUCGGAGCUGAUGGAGGAAUUUUGUAACGUACUAGAGGAUAAAAUGACAGACAACACAACUGUCAAAAAGAAGGAGGACACUUGAGCCAUUUUAUUCGACAAAUGUUAUGGCUCAACACGGAUUAAAGAGAAGGACCCAAAUCGGAUGAAAGCGUGAUGGAUUUUUUUUUAAAGCAAAAGUGAGAAAGGAUACGGCAGAGGUGAGGCGGGGGCUAUUUCAAACCGGACCCGGAGGGGGGCCUCCGUCCAAAGGAAUUAAUCCUAUCGCCCAUAAAAUAUUCGAGAUGAUUCCCCAGCAGUUUGCCCCUCUCCAUAUCCCCUAUGAUGACGACGGACAAUUUGACCCACCAAUAUUUAAAAACCCACCAGUCAUGUCAGGUAUUGCAUUGAGCCGGCUUGCUCAGGAGCGCAAAGCGUGGCGGAAAGACCACCCUUUUGGCUUUGUGGCUGUGCCCACGAAAAAUCCAGAUGGAACAAUGAACUUGAUGAACUGGGAAUGUGCCAUUCCUGGGAAGAAGGGGACCCCAUGGGAAGGAGGCUUGUUCAAACUGCGGAUGCUGUUCAAGGAUGACUAUCCUUCCUCGCCCCCAAAGUGUAAAUUUGAGCCUCCGCUCUUCCAUCCUAACGUGUAUCCGUCAGGCACAGUAUGCCUAUCCAUUCUAGAAGAGGACAAGGACUGGAGACCCGCCAUCACCAUCAAGCAGAUCCUAUUAGGAAUACAGGAACUCUUAAAUGAGCCAAAUAUCCAGGAUCCAGCCCAAGCAGAGGCAUACACAAUUUACUGCCAAAACAGAGUAGAAUAUGAAAAAAGAGUUCGAGCACAGGCCAAAAAAUUCUCCCCUUCGUAAGGGUGAAGGCUUGGCUUCGGCAGAAGGAAUGGGUCAAACGCGGAUCACCUCACCCCUGUUUCUCUAUGAAUGUGCCCCUCUCACAUCGGGACUUGCUUAUAAGGACUUCUAUUUAAAACUGAUACAUUCUGUGCCAUCCAUUUUUCCUUUUUUUGUUCUUUACCUCUGGGUUGGAGUGUGACAGGCGCUGGGAUGAAAUGGGAGCCGUAGCACCCCGGCCGCUUCCUUUUUUUAGCCGUAUUACUUGUCUUGUGGUGCGAGGGACAGAGCACAGUACCAGUUUUGCCAUCGACUCAAAAUAAGCCUCUUUUGAGGAAGAGAACGUCUUGGUUGUCUUUGUCUUUUGUUUCAUUUCUCUCACAGGGUCUGUUCCUUUAAAAAAAAAAAAAAAAAACUUGUAUUUUCCUUGAUUUUUAAUUCUGUAAAAUUAGCUAUUUACUUAAAUGUCAGUAUUUCAACUGCUGUAUAAUUAGUGGCACUUUUUAUACUGUAUUAUCUCACUAGUUUCUCUAGAAUGCUCGGUCUGAUUCUCUUAUGCAGGUUUUCUAUUCAGCAUGCUGUAAUAUAAAAUAAUCUGCUGCCUUGGCUGUCUCUUUUUCUUUUGUUAUUUGUAGUGUUUGCAAAAAAAUGUAUGGCCUCGUCUCAAUGCAGGUAGGCUUACUUCUGUAUUAAACUUUAUUUAUAGGGUGCUUUGUUCAUGUACGUGUUAGACUAAAUAAACCGUUUCUAUAAAGCCA